CUUUACAGUCAGCAGGUCAGUCAUUCUCUCAGUUUGGCAUCAAAAUAUUCAAAAAUCGUCACAUACAUUUCUUAAACAAUAUUUCUAAAAGCAGGUAUGAAGCUGUCGAUUCGUACACUCGACCAGCGCGUUAUCACCCUCGAGAUGGACGAGGGGCAGAACGUGUUGGCCCUGAAAAAGAGGCUGGUCAGCAUGCCGGGGAUAUCCCAGUCAGUGGACAGUCUACAACUGAUCUACGGGGGACGCAUCAUGGAGGAUGAAUUGCCUCUCAGCGAGUACAAGAUUGCCGAGGACAAAUUUCUGGUGCUGAUGGGCAAGCAGAAGGUCCAACAGGUGACAAAGGUUGAACUGGAGAAGAAGCCCAAAGAGACGGCUUCUGCUGCUACAGGUGCUGGAAGUACGCCAUCAGGGGAUACAGGUGCUGAAACUUAUGCUACAGAAGCACGGAAUCCGACGUCCUCGGUGGCACCAAACGAAGAAAUGGUCCAGCGUCUGAUGGGCAUGGGUUACGAGGAGAUGCCAGUGCGCGCCGCUCUAAGUGCCAGCUUCAAUCAUCCGGAGCUUGCCAUCGAGUAUCUGAUCGCGCAAAUUCCAUCAGAGGCCGCCAGUGGAACUGCAUCGCCCGUCAGUGUUAGUCCCUCGGUGGCCGAAAUGGCCGCGAAUCUGGCACCUCUGAUGUCCGAUCCACGGUUUGCACAGUUGCGCGAAAUGAUACUCCAGAAUCCUGAUCAGCUGGAGGCAAUUCUUGGUCAGAUGAGCGGGUCAAAUCCAGAAGUGUUUGAGGGUUUACGCAACCACCAUGGAGAGUUCGUUGACUUGCUGAACUAUGACCUAAGCCUAAGCGACGAUGACGAGUUCCCACAACAGGCUGACAGCGCGCUGCAGACGCCACUAACUGCCGCAGAGGCGGCUGCCGUGGAUCGUUUGACGGCAUUGGGCUUCCAGCACGACCUGGCCGUACAGGUCUACUUGGCCUGCAACAAGAAUGAAGAGCUGGCGGCCGAUGUACUCUUCCGCCAGUCCGAAGAGGAUCAGUGAUCGUUCCGCUCUCCUUGUUCUCCUCUGCUCUUUCUCUCAUCUAUCGUGGCGUGGCGUUGAAUCGAUCAUCGACGAAUAAACAGACCUGGGGGCUAUAGUGGUGCAUAUAGAUGCCAUAAGAACA